UUUCUACAAAUGAAAACUGAUUUACACAAAGUUCAAUUGUGCUGCUGAGUAGAUCGCCGUUGUGGCAAACUGAUGGCAAUACGCUAUCACAGUGUAGUAGUUUUGUGUCUAUUAUUACAUCGGUUAAUAUUAAUAUAAAAUAAUAUUAAAUAUUGUUGAGAAUUUGGCAAGUGUUGUGUAAAUUGCAGUUUAUUACUAUCUAUUGCCUAGUAAAAUGGUUAAAAAUAAAAUGCCUGAAGGGUGGGUAGAUUAUACUGCCAUUGGAGACAAAGUGACAGGUACUUGCUUUCUCCCCUUUAAAGUUCCAUUAAAAGAGACGAUUCUUCAACACAGUCGAGUCAGUGAUGACGAGUGGUUCACUCCAAGCAUUUUAUUGCAAAAAGUGCCGAACCUCAAGCUCGUGAUCGAUCUUACCAACACCGACAGGUAUUACAACGUUAAGGACAUCACUGGAAACGGUGUUUUUCACGUAAAAAUUAAAUGUCCUGGGGGUGGUACAUUGCCAGCUGCACGGUUUCUUGAUAGGUUUUACAGCGUGGUAGACAAUUUCGUAGCGGAAUAUGGAAAUGACCACGUCAUUGGAGUCCACUGUACUCACGGUUUAAACAGAACAGGAUACUUCGUCUGUAAAUAUAUGGCUACAAGGAUGAGAAUUUUACCUGAACAAGCUAUAAAAGAUUUCCAAAUGGCACGAGGUCAUACUAUGAAUCGUCCUAUAUUAAUAGAUGAUAUACUAAACAUAUUUAAUACCACUACAGAAUUACGCGUUGAAAAUUAUUUUAAUACUCUCGGUGUUUCUGAAUUUAAUUUUCGGAAUGCUGUAGAAAAAAGAGCCAUAAACAAAAAUCGUUUUGAUCGCAACCGUGGUAGAGAAAGGGAUGAAAGAAAUUUCGGAAGCCGAGAAAUAGUUAACUGGCGAAUUAAAUCUACAUCUAAGUGUACAUCUAAAUUUUUCCGUUCAUGGCGAAGAAGUGAUCCACAAACGGCCAGAGAAUAUGAAAGAAAUAGAAAAAACUUUUCCAAAUCACUUACAGAUUCAACUUCUAAUUCGUCAUGGCAACAAUGUGAUAGACGAGGAAAUGGAGGAGGCAAAAAUGAUAGAAGAUAUUCUGGAGAGCGACCGAAAGUAAAAAAACAAUUUAAAAGAGGCGGGACAUGUAGAAGCAUUUCCAACGAACAUUUUUAUUCGCAGAGACCUUCCACAAGUGAUAGAAGAAAUAAUGAAGAAUGUCGAACAAUCAAUGACGAAGGGUGAAUUCUGUAAAUCAAAGAAACGUGUAUAAAACAGAAUUAAAUUUUUGUUGUUUUCGUUUGGAAUGCCGUUUAUCUUAAAAAAAAAAAAAAGAACAGAAAUAUACAUUGUAACGUAAUUGUG